GAAAUAAAUAUUUGAUAUUCUCCCUUAGCGGCCGGUGUUGCAUUUCAUUUCUACCCUACAAAUUUGUGUCAGGUGUGUUGAAAGAAAAGAUUGAACAUGGCUUCAGCUUUAGAAUCGUAUGUUAACAAAACUGUAUCAAUUGUGACAGCAGAUGGAAGAAUUAUUGUAGGUAUGUUGAAAGGUUUUGAUCAGACUAUAAAUCUCAUAUUGGAUGAGAGUCAUGAACGUGUGUAUAGCAGCAGUGAAGGUGUCGAGCAUGUUAUCCUGGGACUGUACAUUGUCAGGGGAGAUAAUGUAGCUGUGAUCGGAGAGGUUGAUGAUGAGACAGACAGAUCGUUAGAUUUCACCAGUAUACGAGCUGAACCACUGACAUCUGUUGUACAUUGAUGUAUAUAUACUGUGUGUAGUGUGGACUGUAAAUAUACAUGAUGUACAUAGUGCAAUGUUCAUUAACAUUUUAGAUGUACAUACUGCAGCCUCAAUUGUUACACCACAAUACCAACAUGAUCUCAAACUGUCAGAAGUUAUGUUGUCACGAAAAUGGAAAUGAACUAGAGGAAUUUAUGGUUAAAAAAUUGUUAACGUGUUGAUACUAAUUAAUGGUUCAUUACAGACAUUAAUGCAUGAUAUAUUUUAAACUUAACUCUUUAACUUGUAAGCAGGUAUGCCAAUCAUUUAUAGGCUAACAAGACAGAUGUACUGGCUUCCUAGCACUUUCUGGCCCCUAGCAUUUUUUAUGGUCCUAUAUAGUCUACUUUUACCAGUAGGGCAUCUAUGUUAAUUCAUCAAAUCAGAGAGACAUUUGUUUUCUAUGCAAUACAGCAGUGAAAAUAGUACAUCAAUUUAUUAUAAUGUUUGGAAGUUUUGUCUGUUGUUGAAAGUUACCUUAGAGAACUUGCAACAUUUAAAAGUAAGGAACACUUGGAGAAAUUCUAGUGGAAUACCUAUGCACAAUAAAUGAAACCCUGUUCCGUUAAUCAGUAGUUUUGGACAAUAUUUUGCAGAUGACACAGAAAAAGGUUGGGAUGUUCUAUUUCUUUGAUGAAAUGAUCUUAAUAUUUCUUACUGGUACUGAAUUAUAUUUAAAAUAAAAAAGGUCCAAAGAACAGCUAUGUAAUUUUGAACAUUCAGACCUAUAUUCUUAUUAAAAAGUAAAGUGAAAGAGCAGCAUUGAAAACAUGUUUAUGCAGGACAGGUUCCUGGCUUUGAUGUAUCAAAGUUUUGCACUCAUCCGUAGACAGAUUUUUAUUUUAUUUUGUUAAAAGGUGCCAUUUGGGGCCAGAAACUGCUAGCAAAUCAGUAUGCGUAUUUUUUCCCCCAUCAAAAUUACAUUGUAAAGUUACUGUAUUAUACAUAUAGUGACAAAAACAACAACAUCAUACAAUGACAGGUCAAGCAGAUGAAUGUUUAAAAUGAGAAUAGAAUUUGUGAAAUGUGCUUUAGUACAAUUGAUACUUACAAAUGUAUACUUACAAAUUCUUGACAUAAAUUUACUAAACUGGAUGAAAAUGAUAUUUUUACAGUGAAGGUUUACAGUUAUACUGAGAGUCUAUAGUAGAUAUAAAAACAGAUACUGUCUUGACUAUAAGUAAACAAAUUAAAGUGAUUAAGUAAGUUAAGUAAUUGAAGUAUUGUCUUAUAUUGUUGUAUAGAUUAGGAUAUUUUUGUUGUAAGAUAUAAGAUUUAAUAAAUGAGCCGCGCCCAUGACAAAACCAACAUAAUGCAUUUGCGACCAGCAUGGAUCCAGACCAGCCUUCACAUCCACGCAGUCUGAUCAGGAACCAUGCUGUUUGCUUACAAACAAGUAGAAAAACAAAUGGUGAACAGCAUGGAUCCUGAUCAGACUGUGCUAACGGCAUGUUAUCGGUAUUAAACAUUUAAGAUUAUUUAAGUUUAUAUAAUUAAUUGAUUUCUUAAAGAAGUAUAAAAAAAAAGUUGGGCCGUUUUUAUAUGGAUUUUUUUAAUCGUUUUUGUUUUGUUUUUGAUAGAAUUUCGGGUUCCUUUGGUUAUUGCUACUGACCUAAUUAAUCGGGAUAAAAAUAAACUUGAACUGAUGACGCUUACGGUAGUGUUUUUUUCUAAUCAAAUAUACCGUUCAACUGUUUCAGGGUAAAUUGAAAACAACAACAGUAAAAAUCAUCUUUAUUUUCGAAUGGUAAUCUAAAGAAUUAAAUUAAAUAUAAAAUGAGAUUGCACUUGCAUUUAUGUACACCAGCUAGACACUGACAUGGAGUUACGUGAUAAUUCUCUCUCGGAGUCAUGCGCUUUUAUUUUCGUCUCAAAGUCACUCUCAUGACACGUUUCUAACUCGGAGUCACUCGUUUUUAUGGACAAAUAUUCUCGCGGAGUUUCGAGUGUUUUCCUCGAUUCUCCGAGGAUUUUGCAUAUUCCUCGUUAUCUGUACUGUACGUUGGUUUUGUAAUGGCUGACUCAAAUAUGUAUUGUGUUUAAAUGCUUACACUAUAUUAUAAAGUCAGAUUUCUCACAUGAUGCCACAUGUUUUCCAUAUAACUAUUGUGUGUUUCUUUAUAAUACACACUUGUCAUCAGUGACUAAGUAGUUAAAUCAUCGACUUGAGACCAUUUGCCCAUCAUCGCUGUGGGUAUGAGUCUCUCCAGGAACUUCAAUAUUAUCCUUACCUAUUAAACAAUAUAAGCCAAUUCCUUAAAAACUUACUUAAUUGCUUCAUAUAAAGAAGCUAUGCUGUUAGCUAACAGAACGGUGUUGGUACUAAUCAAGUGCCUGCCUGUGCCAGAAAUAAUGCACAAAGGAGCACCAGAGGUCUUUAUAAACAUGUAUUUUGCUUAUCACAUUUUCAUACCUGUUUCACCAAAUGCUAUGAUAAAAUGAAAUAAUCUUGGUGUAUUAAAAAUGUAAAACUUUAGUCAAUUAUCAGGAUGACAUUCUAAAAAUGUAUCUUAAUAAGUCAUUCAAAUUUAUGGUUGAUCAUUUGAUGAAUGUUUUGUUCCUUAUAAAAGUAUAGCAUAUUAAAUGAUAACAACAAGAUCAAAAUUUAAAAGGAACUCAAUGGUAGAAGUUGCUUACUUGCAUUUCAUAUAUAGGUUUUCUAUAACAUUUUUGAUAUUAAGUAUUUUCCUUAUGUUCUUAUGUUAUGAUAACAUUUAAGAAAAUCAUAUCCAUGUACCAUCUGGUUUGUUAGGUUUUGUGAGGGUUACUUCCCUUUGAUUGCAUCAAAAGUUCAUCUAAUGUUUUGAACUCUUUUAAAGAAAAGAUAUCAGCGAAGCAAGGAAUCUUUAUCAACCUUUCUUUUUGUAGACAUGUCUCAGUUUUCUUAUUUUAAUUUCCAAGUGAAAGUAUUUGUUUGAUGCCAUACUGUAUUGAUGUAAUAAUAAAUCUUAUGUUACAUUUUGAAGAAAACAUUUCAUUUUAGAAUAUUUGUAAAUAUAAUCAUUUUUACAUAACAA